AUGACAGCCAUAGCAACCAUAGCCUCCACUGACUUGGUGCUUCUGCUGAGAGAUGAUGUCUUUGUCGACUUUUUCAACACGUUCCUGAAUCUUCCCGUUUUUGGCCAGACACCCAUUUACAUCAGCAGUAUGGGCCGGUGGGACCUCUGGCCAGAGCUGCCGAGCCACCUGGUGAGAAAAUGCUCCUUCUGCAAAUCCAGCCUCUGCCUCCACCUCGUCCUCUGCCAGAAGCUUCUGGCUUUCAUUCGGUCGGGGGAAGCAGGGGAAGAACUGACCAACUUCUGGCUCACUACUGAAAGGCUCCUGGGGCUUGACGAGUCAGACACAAGGCAGAGGGACCUCUACCUGUCCUUGCUCCACAGGCUGAAAGCCACUCACCUGUGUGAAGGCUCCAGUGUCAUCACUCUCUGCAGAGCCAUCAUUGGGUCACUCCCAAAAGCCAGGCACGUUCCGCCCAUCAGCACCAGGAGGGAAAUCCUAAGAAAGAUGCAGGAACAGGCCCUUUUUGUGAUUCAAAGCUACUGGCUCCCUAAAUUCUUCAUCCACUGCAAGAUGCACAUGGAAGAAGAGAAAUUAUGCCAGCCUCUGCUGCAGGAAUAUCAGGAGCAUUUUUUACAGAUACCAUCCCUGAAAAAGCCAAUCGAGACCUUGAGUUUCCUUCCCUGGGCCCUUAGCGCUGAGACCUGCGCAGGACGGCCCUUCAGGAACUUCCUAAAGUGCCAGGACCUGUCCAUGGAGACCCAUCUCCUGGACCUGUGGCAUGACCUGGAAGAAUUUCUGCCCGUGGUGCUGGACCCUAGCCGAGAAAACAGUUUCUUCCUGCGUCAUUUGAUCGGUGAGAAGAUAUGCAAGACCUACCUGCAGGAGGGCACCACUCCACAGCUUCCCUUGGAGACCAGGACUCUCAGGAGCUUGCGGAACCAUCUGAUGUCUGGAGAAUUUUCCCCUUGGAUAUUCAGAGCCCAGAAGGAGAUUUGCAAGGUGCUCUGCUGCUUCUACGAGGAAUUUCUGGCUGAUGAUGACAGGACGUUCCUCCAGUUUAUGUCUCCGCAGAGCGAUGUCCCGAUGCCCAAGAUGCAAGGCCACGCUGGUGGGAAAGACAAACGUUUCCUCCUGUCCCAGCGGAUAAACGCGUCCUUGAAGCUGAGCCAGGCCUUGCAUGGCACCAGGAACCUGGAAGCUCUCUCUGCCAAGCACGUGCAAUUAAUUGCCACUCGGGACCUCCGGAAAGGGGGCUCCAUCCAGGCAGAGGUGGAACUUCUCCUGUGCAAGACUGCUGUGGAGAACAUGAAUAAAAAGAAGACGACCGUUCCUCUGAGAAAAACCAAAUCAAGCACAACCACUGUUGUAGUAGAGAAGCCAUCUAGAAGACCCAGGCACUUCAUAAAAGUGCUGCACAACACUGACCACUUGCAAUACUUCAAGAAGUUCCUUGAGGAACGUGAUGCAGAUAAACCACUGCAUUUCUGGAUAGCCAUGGAGAAACUGGUCACAGAGACCAAUCCCAAGACAAAGAGCUUCCUCGUUAACAGCAUUGUCAGAAAUUUUUUCCAUGGUGAAAUCCCAGCUGAGGAACAGCUAGACUGCCAAGCUCCUAUCAUCAAAGAAAUUAGUGAAGCCAAAGCAGUCAGCCCCUUCAUGUUGAUAACAGCACAGAUCUUUGUCCAGAAAGCAAUGGAAAAACGAUGGUUUAAGGAGUACCAGAGCCUGUUCCCCCCGAGCGAUACGCCCAAGUCCAACCUUCGUCUGCGGCAUGGGAUGGAAAACUUCAAGACAGACAAUCUGCAGUGGGCCUGGUAUGCCAUCCAUGACAUUGUCAGGAGCCUCUGCAAGUUCCGGAGGGAGAUGAACAACGACAAAUGCCGCCUGGAGUUCGAGGACUUUCUCCGUAGGGAACUAGGAAAUGAGGAGGAAACCUCUGCCAGGACCCCACCAGACAAGGAGGUGGGACUAGUGAGACGUCACCUGUUUAACGGCCAGCCCAUUACUGUCAACUUCCUCGUGGAUGACCUCCGCUUUUAUCUGGAGAUGGACAGACUGGCUGAUUCAGUUGAAGCUUUGGCAGCCUGCAACAUGCAGUCAAAACAGGAAGUUGCCUUUCUCAAAAAGAAAGCUGCCAUCAUCAGCAAACUCUUCCUGAACUCUGAUAUUCCCCCCAAACUGCGGGUGAACAUCUCUGAAGAAGAGAGAGAUUUAAUCUGGAGUUUAUCUUCCAAGGGGAUACUGAACCGUGUCCUCUACCACAGGGCCAAGGUCAUCAUCUUCCCCAUCCUGAUGCACUUCUGGAGAAGGUUCUGCACCUGGAAGGUGAUGAGAAGCUUUCGGGUAUCCACAAAGGACAGGGUGCCAAUCUCCUUGCCUAGUACAAAAACCUUCCCCAAAUCAUCUGUCAUCCGCUGUCCAG